GCAGUAGUUCAAAAAGAACUGGGACAUCAAUGGACUUGUGCCUGAAGAAAUCCCAAUCGAGACUUCGAACUCUUAUAUGAGCCCUAUGCCCUUGCUUCUUUUCCAAGUCACUUCCCCUAAACUCUCUCUAAAUCCCGAUUGAUUAUCAGUGUUUUGGAUUUUGAGUUAAAGAAUUCUUGAAAAUGGCACAAUCAGUGAUUGAAGUUCCAUCAAAGGGUGGGUUUAGUUUCGAUCUAUGUGUUAAAAACGAUAUGCUCGCCAAGAAAGGUGUUCAACUUCCUUCUUACAGGAAAACUGGUACCACCAUUGUUGGUCUUGUCUACAAGGAUGGUGUUGUUCUUGGAGCGGAUACAAGGGCAACAGAAGGAACUAUUGUUUGUGACAAGAACUGUGAAAAGAUUCAUUACAUGGCACCUAAUAUUUAUUGCUGUGGAGCAGGAACUGCUACUGAUACAGAAGUUUUUGUAGACAUGGUCAGCUCCCAACUUAACCUACAUCGUUAUGCAACUGGUCGUCAAUCAAGGGUUGUAACAUCUCUUACACUUUUGAAGACUCACCUUUUCAGUAACCAGGGUCACGUGAGUGCUGCUUUGGUGCUUGGUGGAGUUGAUGUCACUGGACCUCAUUUGCGUACUAUCUACCCACAUGGUUCAACUGAUAGUCUUCCUUAUGCCACGAUGGGUUCUGGUUCUCUUGCUGCUAUGGCCAUGUUCGAAUCACAGUACAGAGAGGGCAUGACUAGAGAGGAAGGCAUUCAUCUUGUUAGUGAGGCUAUCCGCUCAGGUAUUUUCAAUGAUCUAGGAAGUGGUAGCAAUGUUGAUGUCUGUGUGAUAACCAAGGACGGGACUGAGUACUUGAGGAACCAUAUGUUGCCUAACCCUCGUACGUAUGUCAGUACUAGAGGAUUUUCUUUUGCCAAGGGCCAGACUGAGGUCCUAUCAACCAAGAUCAAACAAUUGAAAGAGAAAGUAGUAGAGGUGGCUGUUGAAGGAGCAGAUGCAAUGGAAGAGUGAUUUAUGUGAAAUUGGUUUUCAAAAUCCAGACAGGUUUUAGAACAAUUUACUGAACGUUUUACUUCUUGUAUCCUAAAAAUGUUGCAAUGAAGAUGGUUUUCGCCGUUUUGGGGAACAAUUUACUGAACGUUUUAUUACCUAUACCGUGUAGUUUGAAUCUUGUCUUAGAUACUGUUUAUUUCACUUACAAAAGAAGGGCAACUGUAUAGAGAUUUGCCAGCACCUCACUAGUGAAAUUAACUUGUGUGCACUGCUGCGACCAAGAACAUCUUAUUUUUACACCUAAAUCAGUUUUGGUUUCC